AUGGAUAGGAAAGUUCUGGUGGCCUUUAUCGUCCUGGUAGCAGGACUUGUGUCUGCGGAACCUGAACCAGAAUUUCAAUGGGUCGGUCACAAUACCAACUUGGAUGAUCCUAAGUACCGACUCUUGGACAAUGUCCAGCCCUUAUAUUUCUACGUAGACCUUAACGUCUUCUUAAGCGAAUCCAGAUUCGAUGGACUGGUUCAAAUUGAAGUCGAGGUCCGCCAAAACGUAUCCCAAAUUGUGCUUCACCAAAACGUAGUGUCAAUCAAUGCGGUGAGUGUGGUAGAUAGCACGAACGCUGCAGUCCCAUUGCAGGUGCCGAAUCCUUUUACAGUUGAUAGUUAUUAUGAAAUCUUGAAAAUUAACUUUGCAUCGAUCAUUAGUCCUGGUAAAUAUUUCAUUACUGUGAGCUAUAACGGACGUAUCAAUGAAAAUCCACAUGAUAGAGGAUUCUACAAAGGAUAUUACUAUUAUGGCCGUGAGAAGCGCUACUACGCUACAACUCAAUUCCAACCCUACCACGCCAGAAAAGCUUUCCCCUGUUUUGAUGAGCCGCAAUUUAAAAGUCAAUAUGUAAUUUCAAUUACAAGGGAUGCAUACCUUAGAGAAUCUUACUCGAAUAUGGCCAUUGGUCGUACCGAAUAUCUAAGUAAUGGUCGCAUACGUGAGACUUUCCUGCCUACGCCUGUCAUCUCUGCUUACCUAAUCGCUUUCCACGUCAGUGAUUUUGUGCCCACUAGAACCACUGGAACAGCCGCCAAACCGUUCCAAAUUAUAUCCCGUGAAGGAGUUACAGAUCAGCAUGGCUAUGCCGCUGACGUUGGUUUCAAGAUCACUGAGGUUAUGGAAGAUUAUUUCAAUAUCAGCUACUACGGUAUGGGACAAGGACAACCUAUGAAGAACGACCAUAUUGCGCUUCCUGAUUUCCCAUCUGGCGCAAUGGAAAACUGGGGAAUGGUCAACUACAGGGAGGCGUAUCUGCUUUAUGACCCACAAAAUACAAAUGUAAUUGACAAACUCUUUAUUGCCUCCAUUAUUGCUCACGAGAUGGCGCACAAAUGGUUCGGUAAUCUUGUCACCUGCUUCUGGUGGAGCAAUUUGUGGCUAAACGAAUCUUUUGCCAGCUUCUUUGAGUACUUCAGCGCACAUGAGGCGGAUAAAUGGCUGGAGUUGGAUGAUCGCUUUAUUCUUGCAAGAGUGCAGAGUGCUCUGAAUGGAGACGCAAGCGCAUCUAUAAUGCCUAUGAAUUGGUCAGUUGUUGCUGACAACCCUUCAAUCACUGCUCAUUUCGGAACCAGUAGCUACGCCAAAGGUGCUUCUGUGUUGAGAAUGUUGGAACAUUUCGUGACACCAACGGUAUUCAGAAAUGCAUUGAGAUACUACUUGAGAGAUAACGCCUAUGGAAUCGGUUAUCCUGCGGAUAUGUACAGGGCUUUCAGACAAGCCGUUUCCGAAGAUCCUACAUUUGCAGUAGCCUAUCCAAAUAUAGACAUUGGAAACUUGUUUGACAACUGGGUGCAAAAUCCGGGCUCUCCAGUAGUUACUGCUGAUGUCGAUAUGACGACUGGUCUUAUUACUCUGACCCAGCAAAGAUUCCAAUUGAGCGGGUCACCACCCAACCAUAUUUGGCAAAUCCCCAUUUCAUGGACACAUGGAGGAAGUCCUAACUUCAACAAUACAAGACCCACUUAUGUUCUAACAGGAAGAACUGGAACUCUCCAGAAACCAGCUGGCCAUGGAUGGGUCGUCCUUAACAUUGCUCAGUCAGGUCUUUAUCGAGUCAACUAUGAUGAUCAUAAUUGGGAGAUGAUUGCAGCUCAAUUGCGUAAUAAUAAAGAUGUAAUUCAUAAGCUCAGUCGAUCUCAGAUUGUCAACGACGUCUUGUAUUUCGUUCGAGCUGGGCAGAUUAGAAUCUCUCGUGCCUUUGAUGUUCUUUCAUUCUUGAAAACGGAGACAGAUUAUUACGUAUGGAACGGAGCACUGAGUCAACUGGAAUGGGUUCAUAGAAGAUUAAAACAUUUGCCUACUGUUUAUGAAGAAUUUACUGAAUAUUUACUAGAUCUUAUUGAUACUGCUGUCAAACAUUCCGGUUACGAAGAAGGCGCCAACGAUUCCGCAUCUGCGAUCCAACAAAGAAUGCAAAUAAUGAACUUCGCUUGUAAUCUCGGACAUCGCGGUUGUAUUGAGGACAGUUUAGCUAAAUGGAGGCGAUUCCGAAAUAAUAAUACUCCGAUUCCAGUGAACGCGCGCCGCUACGUAUAUUGUGUCGGUGUCCGCGAGGGAGACAUUUCUGAUUUCAACUUCUUAUUCAACAAGUACAAUACUUCCGAAAACGCAGCUGAUAUGUUCGUGAUGUUGCGCGGUUUACCAUGCACUAAAAAUCAAGCAGCAGUGCGAGAGUUCUUGUACCAGUCAAUGUACAGUGAUAAGAUCAGAAUACACGACAGAAACAACGCUUUCUCGGUAGCUCUGCAAGGGAAUGAUGAGAACUUACAUACUGUUAUGGACUUCCUUUUCCAGAACUAUGCUAAUAUAAGAACACACUACGGCGGCGAUGUGAGAUUGACGAAUGCUAUUACUGCUUUGACUACAUACUUAACCGACUUCGAAGACAUAGUCAAGUUCCAAACGUGGGUAUAUGAUAAUCAAAUCGGUCUUGGAACAUCAUUCUCUUCUGCGGUCGGCGUGGUCACCUCCAGUAUAUCAAACUUACAAUGGGGAAAUAACGUAGCAGUGGAAAUCGUGACAGCGGUUCGUAGCCAAAGUUCCGCUUCUUCUUUGACUACCUCGUUGUGUGUAGUCGUGUUGGCUUUAGCUGCUAGAUUUAUUUAUUAA